AUGCUCGAUGGAAUUUUGGUGGCAAAUGAAUUGGUGGAUUACGCUAGAAGAGAAGGGAAAGAUGGUUUUGUUUUCAAGGUAGAUUUUGAGAAAGAUUAUGAUAAGGUGAGUUGGAAGUUUUUUAGAUUUAUGUUAAAGAAUAUGGGUUUUAGCGAUGUGUGGAUGCAUUGGAUGGAAGCUUUGUUUUUUUCUAGUAAGAUUGGAAGGUUUGAGGAGGUUGAUAAGAAAGGCCGUGGCAAAUGGAGGUUUACGGGUUUUUUAUCAAUGGGAAUUGUUUCGUCGAUAUUCUUCAAUUUUGCGGAUGACACUUUGGUGGUGGGAGACGAUAGUUGGAAACACUUAUGGGAUAUUAAGGAGGUGUUUAGAGGUUUCAAAAUUUUGUCGGGCCAAAAGGAAGAUUCGGAGUUCAUCUUCCUUGGAAUUCUUAUUGGCUCUAAUCCUAGAAGACAUUUUAUGUGGAGAGGUCUUCUUGUUAAAGUUAAGAAUCGGUUAGAUGCGUGGAAGGGUAGUUUGGCAGAGAGAAAAAAGAUCCAUUGGGUGAGUUGGAGAGAUGUUUGUCUCCCGAUUGAUAGAGGCGGGCUUGGAAUCAAGAGGAUUGAUGAUUUCAAUGUGGCGCUCCUUCAAAAAUGGAGGUGGAGGAUUUUGGCUGAAUUUGACGCUUUGUGUUCUGAAGGAUGCGGCAGUGACGUGUAUGGGAGGUUGUCGCAGAGUCUACAGAAUGCAGCAGCAUCGGCAUCUCAUCUUCAGGCUCUGUUUAUGGUUUGGUAG